UACCAGCGGCACCAGGGGAGGACAACGCCCCGCGGUCAGACGCCCAGUGCCCGGGUCCCUCAGCUCCUCCUGCUCCUCCUCAGCUCCUCCUCCUCCUCCUGCUCCUCCUCAUCCUCACUCACACUGAGAGCUUCCGAGGCAGAGCCACCGUGACCGGGACCAACCAGGAUAUUACCCCGGCUACACCCUCUCCUCUCCGGCCUUCCCUACCCCGGAGCAACCGGUGGAAGAACCCGAGCUCACCGUCCAUCCUCCGCGGGCCUUCCAGCUCCACUUUCCCGCUGAGUUUCUCUCUCCUGCUCCUCUGUGCAGCGGUGGAAGCUUUAUCCUUACAUCCACAAACAUAUAUAUAUAUAAAUAUAGAAUAGAAUAAGUUCUCAGAAUGGCGGACCCAGGCGACUCCAGCGGUGCCUCCGGUGCCUCCUGGCUGGAGAAGUUGAAAAGUUACGUGCGGACUCAGAAAGGAAUGAUCCUCUCGGCAGAAAUAGUCGUCAGUUUAAUCGUCCUCAUCUGCUACGCUGCGUCUAUGUAUGGAGGCUACUCCGCUGUGGCCAUCUGUGAGAUGAUCUUCGCCAUCGUCUUCUUCAUCAUCUUCAUGAUGGAGCUGGACAAGCAGUUCGUAUUGGUCAACUGGAUGUGGACAGAUCUUUUCCGUGCUGGUAUCGGAGCCGUCCUUUACUUAAUCACUUCUCUGAUCUGUGUCAUCGGUGGAGCGGGGGACGGUGCUCGUAUCGCAGGCGGAGUGUUUGGUUUGAUCGCUGGUCUGAUUUUUGCUUACGAUACCUACACCCUCUUCCUGCAAGUCAGGAGCACACGGCAGCACACGGCAGCUUCCACCGAAGAUAGAGUUUAAACACUCCAAGACGCAUGUGCCUGCAUUAGGAGCGCAGCAGCAACAGCAGAAGAAGAAGAAGAAGGAGAAGAAUAGGACAUUUGUGCAGACGUUAAUAAAAGGGUGGAGCAGAGAAGACGAUGGACAGUAAAGUGAACAGGUCACAGUUUAAUAAAUGCCACUGAACGGUGUGAUAAGACGACAGAUUGGUUUUAGGGGCUCGGCCUGAGAGGAGGAUGACACCGCCUGAGUGAGUCGCACCAAACAUCUGUGACAGCAUUUCAGGCAAAAUAAAGAGGACGUCCUCUCAGAAAACCUUAAGUCCAACCUCGAUGUGCCACUGAUUUAAAAAAAUAAAAAUAAAAAAAGAAGGGAAAACUGUAAACAGCACACGGUGUAAAAGUUUAGUUGAUGUUGUCACGCAGCUUGUCUGAUACAUGUCUACUGUUAAUGCACUGCUGUAUUAAGUAGUAACUGCCAUUGUGGACGUCAGAAGUUAUUGACACAGGAAGUGAUGCUCACUGAGCUGUUUAACAUCACAACUUUAAUCUUCUUGACUUUUGAUAUUUGUAUUUUCCUGGAGGUUUCCCAGCGGUUUAAACGUUUUCUUCCUGUGUGUGUUACGGUGCCUUAACCAGAUCAUUCACUCCUGAAUCCAAAACAUCUGAUUGGCUCUCUGUCAAUUACCAUGAAUCUCUCGGGUGUUUCGAACUGAUCCGACUUUUGUUUGUUUGUUAGACAUCCACUAACUUUCAACCGCAUCAUUUGUUAUUGAACUAUUGUCGUCCUCUAGUUGUGCCUGUAUACUUUGAUUCUUGCUCAGGUUGUGUUAUGUUUUUUGUUCUUACAUAUUAACACGUUUCUAAGGUGCAGUAUCUUAUUUUUUUUGUCAGUUGACACUUUUUACAGUCCAGUUGUUUCGUACAGUUUUUUUUGUACAUGUGGUAGAUUAAGGAAAAAGUAAAAUUUCUAAAGAAAACACACGUAUAUAUGAUACAAUAGAAUUUUAAUAUGUUGAGUAACUGUCUCCUUUGGCCUUUUUCAAUAUUUGUCCAACUAAAGUGCCUCGUUAUUUUUUUAUUUUGUUUCCUAACAGACUUUACAUGAGUCUGCCGUUUGUAACUUAAAAAAAAUCUAAGCCGUCAAGCUUUGGGAAAUAAAAGCCAUUUUCACUGGAAAGAAAA